UUAAGUUCUGCGGUAAAGAGUGUGAUCAUGUGUAAAUAGAUGUAAUUAGAUCGUAAUAAACGAACAACAAAAACAUACAAAGGUUCCAUGAUUUUCUAAAAAUCUGUGCCCAAGUAUAGGCAAAACUACCACUGGAUCGUAUGCAUCGCGUCGCGCGUCCCAAUCUUAUCUGUCAACUGGGUUGACGUGUGUUUUCGUGUGGCCAUAAGUCAAGUUGCGUGCUCCAGCAGCUGUUAACUGGUCCUGGAGUUUUUUUUACGAUUUAGCUUAAACAAAAUCAGCCAUAAUGGUUUUGGCAGAUUUGGGUCGCAAAAUCACAUCGGCAUUGCGCUCGUUGAGCAAUGCCACCAUCAUCAACGAGGAGGUGCUAAAUUCCAUGCUAAAAGACAUAUGCGCGGCGUUACUCGAAGCUGACGUUAAUAUAAGGCUAGUGAAAAGUUUGAGAGAAAAUGUUCGCACGGUCAUUGACUUUGAUGAUAUGGCUGGAGGUCUCAACAAGAGACGAAUGAUACAGAGUGCCGUUUUCAAGGAACUCGUCAAACUCAUAGAUCCUGGAGUUAAAGCAUAUCAGCCAAUCAAAGGUCGACCAAAUGUUAUUAUGUUUGUUGGUUUACAAGGUUCGGGCAAAACAACGACAUGCACAAAGUUAGCAUAUCACUAUUUGAAGAAAAAUUGGAAAGCUUGUCUGGUUUGCGCCGAUACGUUUCGUGCUGGUGCUUACGAUCAAAUCAAACAAAAUGCCACAAAAGCGAGGAUACCAUUUUAUGGAAGUUACACAGAAGUUGAUCCUGUAGUGAUAGCUCAAGAUGGUGUGGAUAUGUUUAAAAAGGAAGGAUACGAAAUAAUUAUUGUUGAUACAAGUGGUAGACACAAGCAAGAGGAGUCUUUGUUUGAAGAAAUGUUACAAGUGUCAAACGCCAUUCAACCAGACAACAUUAUAUUCGUGAUGGAUGCAACAAUAGGUCAAGCUUGUGAAUCACAAGCCAAAGCUUUUAAAGAACGUGUAAAUGUAGGCUCUAUUAUUAUUACUAAGUUAGAUGGUCAUGCCAAGGGUGGUGGAGCACUUUCUGCAGUUGCUGCUACGCGUAGUCCAGUUAUUUUUGUGGGAACAGGAGAGCACAUUGACGAUCUCGAGCCAUUUAAAACAAAGCCAUUCAUCAGUAAAUUAUUAGGUAUGGGAGACAUUGAAGGGUUGAUUGAUAAAGUCAAUGAACUCAAUUUGGAUGACAAUGAAGAAUUAUUAGAGAAAAUUAAACAUGGACAGUUCACACUACGUGAUAUGUAUGAACAAUUUCAAAAUAUCAUGAAAAUGGGUCCAUUUUCACAAAUUAUGGGUAUGAUACCGGGGUUUAGUCAAGAUUUUAUGUCCAAAGGAACCGAGCAAGAAUCAAUGGCUCGUCUUAAAAAGUUAAUGACUAUCAUGGACAGCAUGAAUGAUUCAGAGUUGGAUAGCAGAGAUGGCGCAAAACUGUUUAGUAAACAGCCAGGUCGAAUCGCAAGAGUGGCUCGAGGAUCUGGUGUUACAGAGAAAGAUGUUAAAGAUCUGAUAACUCAGUAUACCAAGUUUGCAGCGGUAGUGAAAAAAAUGGGUGGAAUCAAAGGCUUAUUCAAAGGUGGCGACAUGACUAAGAAUGUCAACUCUGUUCAAAUGGCAAAACUUAAUCAACAAAUGGCAAGAAUGAUGGAUCCACGUGUUCUGCAUCAAAUGGGAGGUUUUGGUGGACAAUCUUAAGAAAACCAAUAUUUUACUGACGUUAGGAAGUGCUUGUCGAUCGAUUUAUCAGGAACAAUUGAAUCCUAUAUUGUAUUCUGUAAAAGUUGAAAAUAUAAAUUUAUACACAUAAAAUAUAAAUAGCAACUAGUAUGUAAACAGAUUAAAUGGAUGGAAGAACGAAUGAUACUUUUAUAUUAUA